AUGUUUUUCUACUCAUUCUCACCUUGCGUUCAUGGAGAACAUACACCACAAGUGCCAUGCUACUUCAUUUUUGGAUCUUCUGCAUACGAUAGCGGCAAUAAUAAUGAACUUUCGACAAUAGCUAAAGCCAAUUAUCCACCUUAUGGGGUAGAUUUUCCCCAAGGAGCCACAGGAAGGUUUUGUAAUGGUCGCAACACAGCUGAUUUUCUAGGUUUUAAUUAUGCAUCUGCUGGUUCUGGAAUUCGAAAUGAAACCGGGCAAGAUCUGGGAGGGAGAAUUAGCAUGGAUAGUCAACUACAAAAUCACCAAAUUACAGUGUCAAGGGUGAAGGAGAUUAUAAGAGACAAAAACCUAGCAGCUAAGUACCUAAGCAAAUGCAUGUAUUCGGUUGGAAUUGGCACAAAUGAUCAUAUAGCCAACUACUUCAGGCCUCAAUUAUACCCAACAAGCCGCCUGUAUACGCCUGAACAGUAUGCCAUUGUACUUAACCAACAAUUUUCUCAGCAAUUAAAGACUUUGUAUAACUAUGGAGCAAGGAAGGUAAUCUUAUUUGGAAUAACUCCGGUCGGUUGUGCUCCAUCGGUUCGAGCUGCAAUCGGCAUAAAUGGUUCUUCUUCUUCGUGUGUAGACCGGGUCAACAACGCAGUCCAGCUGUUUAACGCUGGACUCCGUUCGCUUGUGGAUGACUUCAACAACAAUCUAAUCGGAGCAAAAUUUAUAUUUGUGAACACAUAUCAGAUAUAUUCCACUUCCUCUUCAGGUUUUAGAGUCAGAAAUGCUCCGUGCUGUGCAGUAUCAGCUACAAGAGGACUAUGUAUUCCAUUCAGUAGUCCGUGUGGGAAUAGGAGUGAGUAUUUAUGGUGGGAUGCAAUUCAUCAAUCUGAGGCAUCUAAUAUGAUAACAGCAACAAGAUCGUAUAUUUCUCAAUCUCCCUUCGAUACUUACCCUAUCGAUAUUCGCCAUCUAGCUCGGCUUCCAGUGUAUUAA